AUGGUCGACUCCGCCGACGAGCCUCCGCUGUCAAGUCGUCUAAUCUCAUGGGCUAAGACCAAGACUCCCUCAGCGCCAUCCUCGCCUACUCCCCAUCGAAAUCCCCCCGACCCUUCGGACCAAUCUCCUUCCGCGCGAUACAGUCCAGACACCCGCCGACAAGAUGCUGGGAGUAGCCCCUCUGCAGCUGGUCCUGCAACAACCACAGACCAUUCCACUGCUGGAAGAACGGAUAAAGAGCAACAAAAUCCACCGAUUGUGGACGAGAAAGGAGAUGGAACGCAAUCUUCCGCCCUAGGAAAUGUGCCUCCCAAGGACAAAGCGCCCUUGGUCAACCGUUUCUUCCGCGAUGUCAAGCGCAUCCUCUUUUCCAGUUGGGUCAAUUGGCUCCUCGUCUUUGUCCCAGUUGGCAUUAUACUCGGGAUUAUUGUCGACUGGUUGGAUAGCCGAAUUGUGAGCCCUAGCGCAGUAUUUGCCAUCAACGCAGUCGCCAUUAUCCCCUUGGCCUCCCUUCUGGCGUAUGCAACCGAGAGUGUUGCCAUCAAACUGGGCGAUACCAUCGGUGCUCUUCUGAAUGUCACCUUUGGAAAUGCCGUCGAAUUGAUCAUCUUCAUCAUUGCUCUAGCAGCAAAAGAAGUGCGCGUGGUUCAGGCCGCCGCCCUAGGUUCGAUCUUGUCCAAUCUUCUUUUGAUCUUGGGCAUGUGCUUCGUGGCCGGCGGUCUUCGGUUUCGAGAGCAACUAUACAAUUCAACUGUGUCUCAGAUGAGCGCGUGCCUGUUAUGUCUGAGCGUCAUCAGUCUCCUCUUACCGACAGCCUUUCAUGCUUCAUUCUCGAGCACAGCGAAGGCGGAUCACGUGGUAUUGAAGGUCUCACGGGGCACCAGCGUGGUGCUCUUGUUGGUCUACUUACUUUACCUACUGUUCUCGCUCAAGUCCCACGCCUUUAUGUACCAGAGCACUCCUCAACAUCUCAUUGACGAGGAGUCGCAUCCGGGAGUCCUCGCCGACAUUCUCAACUCCAGCUCUUCGAGUGACUCAUCGAGUUCAAGUGACAGUGACACGGAUUCUAGUUCCAACUCGAACACGACCACUAAACGCAUCAAGCGCGCACUCCGCCGCAAGCGACGCAAGUCAACCUCAAGCACCAAGGAAAACUCCUCCGUUCUGGCAUUCACCAGAAGCUCAUCCAUGCUCACCGGCCACGGCGGCUCAAUGAUCCAACCUACAUCUCUCACUUCGGCAGAACUAGAACCCGUCUUUAGCGGGGACGAGGCUGACGUCGACGGAGAAGGAAGAGCAGGUGGCCAUCGCUCUCGUACACAUACUGUUCACUCUCGCGACUUUGAAGGCGCCAUGCAGGCCGACCAGGCCUCAGAGAAAUCCCUGAAACGCCACCGAAAAUCAAAGAAGUCCAAACGUGCCAGGAAGGAUAAACACAAGGGAAAGAGCAAAGAACCGGAAAAGGAAAAGGAAAAGGAGCCCAUCGUGGAGACGGUGACCCAGGAGAGCUCUUUCUCGACUGCGGACACAGUACAACCACAAGUUGGAUUUGCGUCGGAUAUCCAAGAGAUUCCCAACGAUGCCAAUGUGAAGCGAACGUUUAAUAUUCGGAACAUCUCUGAAGCUGUCAAGCCUGCAUUCACAUCAGCAAAUUUCCCCCAUCAUCAAGCCACCGGAAGGCCUCUUGCAAUCCCUAUUCGUCCCACUUCGCAGCCGCGACCUGCCCCUCGACCUGUACGUCGAACUGCUUCAAUGCCGGACAUUUUUCACCCCACGAUCUCCAGCAACCGGUUGGUGCCUACGAUGUCUGCACCGGCCCAACAUGAUGCACCGUCGUCGGAAGGUGCAAUUGAGGUCCAAGCGGAUGAUGUCGUGGAACCCCAGACCCACCUAUCCCGCACGUCUGCUAUUGUCCUGCUGCUGGCGACGACAGGGCUUGUCGCGUUAUGUGCCGAGUUCUUGGUCGGCAGCAUUGAUUAUUUGAUCGCCAACAGCGGUGUCAGUCAAGAAUUUAUCGGUCUGAUCAUUCUGCCCAUUGUCGGCAAUGCCGCGGAGCAUGUGACGGCUGUGACAGUUGCAGCCAAAAACAAGAUGGACCUGGCGAUUAAUAUUGCCUUGGGUAGCAGCAUUCAAAUUGCGCUCUUUGUCACUCCUCUGAUGGUCAUUCUGGGGUGGAUCAUCAAGACAGAUAUGAGUCUGUAUUUCAGCCUUUUCGAAACCGUCAGCUUGUUUGCCAGUGCCUUUAUUGUCAGCUUCCUGAUGAUUGAUGGCCGAAGCAACUACCUGGAAGGAGCGUUGCUCAUUGCAGCAUAUAUUAUCAUUGCUGUAGCGGCGUUCUUCUAUCCCAGUUGUGAUCUGAGCUCCGCGAGCGGUGCACUCGACGGCACCAAUCCGGGGUGCUAA